CCGGCAGGCCCGCGGCUGCUAGGCCGGCUGGACGGCCAUGCCUUUGUCGCUACAAAACCCUCUGUUCUUGGACCUGGUCGUGGGCGUGGUGGGCACCCUGGCUUUCCUGUUGGACGUGGCCGUUGACCUGUGGGCCGUCGUCCAGUACGUGCUCGGUGGCCGUUACCUGUGGGCCGCGCUGGUGCUGACGCUGCUGUGCGUCGCCUCGGUGCUGCUGCAGCUCUUCAGCUGGUUCUGGCUGGCCUCCGACCCCGCCGAGCUGCACGGGUCGCUGCCCUCGCGUCGUUCGCUGGCGCUGCUGCAUUUGCUGCAGCUCGGCUUUGUGUACAGGUGCCUGCAGGGGCUAAAGCAGGGGCUGUCCUUGUUGAAGCAGGAGCUACCAUCUGAGAGUGACCUAGCCUAUGCAGAUUUCCUCUCCCUGGAUAUCAGCAUGCUGCGGCUCUUUGAGAGUUUCUUGGAGGCGACACCACAGCUCACACUGGUGCUGGCUAUCGUGUUGAAGAGUGGCCAUGCUGAAUACUACCAGUGGUUUGGCAUCAGCACAUCCUUCCUGGGCGUCUCGUGGGCACUACUGGACUACCACCGGGCCUUGCGUACUUGUCUUCCCUCUAAGCCUCGCCUAGGCUGGAGCUCCUCUGCCAUCUACUUCCUGUGGAACCUGCUGCUGUUGUGUCCCCGAAUCUUUGCUGUUUCCCUCUUCUCAGCUCUCUUCCCCCACUAUGUAGCCGUGCAUUUCCUCAGCCUGUGGUUGGUACUGUUGUUCUGGGUCUGGCUUCAAGGCACAAAAUUUAUGCCAAACCCCAAGACUGAGUGGCUGUACCGGGUGACAGUGGCAUUCAUCCUUUAUUUCUCCUGGUUCAAUGUGGCUGGGGGCCGCACCCGAGGCCGGGCCAUCAUCCACUUGAUCUUCAUCAUCAGUGACAGUACUCUAUUGGUCAGCAUGUGGGUGGCACAUAGCAUCUUGCUACCCAGUGGGAUCUUCUUGCCAUUGUGGUUGACUAUAGGAGGAGCCUGCUUCCUCCUGGGACUGGCUUUGCGUCUCAUCUACUACCUCUGGCUGCACCCUCACUGCCACUGGGAGCCCGACCGCAUUGAUGGGGUCCUAAGUCUUCUUCCUAGGAAACAGCCUAAGAGGCUUUAUAACAGGCGUGCCACUCAGUUAGCACAGAACUUCUUCCCCAAGUACAAAACGAAGGCCUCUCUGCCAGAGGUUUCAGAGGUGGAAGGAGUCCUCUGAGGCAGGGUGUGACUCAGCCAGUGAGGACAAUGUAGAGAGCUGGGCCUUGGAAGAGUCAAAGGCCAGUCAUAUACAAGCCAUUUUCUCUUCCUUUCCAACCAAUAGAGCUGCUGUCAUCAAAGCCGCACGUUGCCAUUCUUACCUCUCAGGUAACUGGGGAAAAUGUUCUGUCUCCUGGGUUCCUUGGCCUGCUCUAGAAGGCCCUGGGAUGCUAGGAGAUGUUCUCGAGAAGUCUUCCCUACCCCACCCAUCCACUUCAGUUAACAAAUGCUGAGAGUACUUUAUGUUCUGGGAGCAUCGCCCUAACUGUUGAACUGGCCACCACCUGAGCUUCUUUCCCUACCCACUUGAACAAAUCUGAUCUCAAAGACCAAAGGCCAGUGAUGACCCUGCCAGUCCCGUGU